AUGGAACCGCCGGCAAAGCGCAUGCGCAUACUGCACUCAGUCGAGGUCGACGAAGACAAUGCCGAAUACAUCAAGGCCAAGCAGAAACAACAACAGAAGCUCAAAAGCCGAUUUGAGUCGAUAUUUGAGAAGUUUGGAAAUAUGAAUCCAUCCCAAAGCGACGAGAUCGACUUCAACACAAACAGGGUGGUUGUGGAUAGAGGCCAUCUGCGAAGAAUAAAGCGUCGGGCCAAUGGCAAAGAGAAGACGCUACUGGAAACUGUAGUAAUGGGAUCUAGGAGCCAUCUGGAGGAUGAUGAAGAGGACGAGCAGGAAGGAGAGGGAGAAGAUUCGGAAGACGAACUGGCACCCCCGCAGCUGGGCAGGCCGAAGGCUGCUGGAUCGCCCGAGCAAGACACGAGCAAACAAAAGACCGCAGCCACCGAGACCAAUGCGCCCCAGCCUGCAAUAUCUCAACCAGACUUGCCAUCAACAUCCAUACCGCACUUUGGCACUCCGCAAACACCCUAUCCUCCGAAUUCCACCGCAGACAUCCUACGCCAUGUUCAGUUUCCACAAACACCUGCGGGGCAGCAAGCACAAACCGCUUUUCAUGCAAGUCUACUGCAGACAAUCAAUCAAGCGAUACAUCAAGCCGUCAGCGGCUUCAUACUGCCGAACGCCCCGAUGCUCUUCGCGAACGCUGCUCCCCCGCCGAUUACUCCAGUAACAACGGAUGACAAGGUAGCGCCUGCGACGGACCCGAAAUGGUUCUUUCCACCUCUAUCUGUACAACCACGCCGAGUUCCAGUCGCCCAAUCGAGUCCUCUCCCGGGCUAUACGACAGCACCAAUAGCGAGAGAGACAGACCAGCAUGCAGAAAAUAUCUCGAUGAAAGUCGCUGGUGGAGGAUCUGCCGCCUCAAUCCGUACAAGACCGGAUGAGAGCUCACCAACGAGACCUCGUCGGACUAGUCCGCGUGUUGAAAUCCAGAGGCGCGUCCCCAGGACUGCAAGGAAAUAUCACUUCACUCGGGAAGACGACGUAUACAUAAGCAAGCGCAAGAGAAUAGACGGUGUGCCAUGGGCGGCCAUCAAAGACGGCCAACAAAAGUGGAAGGAAUGGCCAAUGGCUGCACUUCACAGCCGCUGGAAUUUGAUCAAGGACCAGAAUCUUCACCUGCAAGAGUCUGCUGUAGCUCCUACGGGUGGUCGCGUUGUUGAGGAGAGUCAGAUCUCCAAGGAACACCAUCCCGUUGUAUCAAAGCCGCCGCACCAUCUGCCGACACCAAGUUCAUCCGAGCAUGAAGAUUAUCAUCAGAGCCUUGUCCGGUCGACAGAAGAUGGUGUUCAGAAUCUGCGUUCGUCGAGCACGCAUUAUGAUGACGAUGACCGCGAUCUGCUAUCUCUUGCUGGCAAUGAUUCCGACGAAGAUCAACUCCCGGUAAACCACGACGACGACAAUACACUUUUAGACACAUCAGGAGAUGUGAUACUGCCGUCCAUCGAGACGAGGGAUCUGAUCGAUGAGGAUACACUACAAAGCGACUUGCUUGUAGACUUACCGACGCAAGACGAUAUCGCAACACCAGUCCGGGAAUCUUCUUGCAUAGCGAUAAAAGCUGAGCCAGCCUUCUCUUCGCCAACCACACUUCGAACACGAAAGCAUGCAACACCACUCGCCGAAGUAAUACCCGAUUCACAAGAAACCGAAGACGAGCUCCAGAACGACCAUAACCCUCACAACAUGAACAUCAGACUCUCAGAAACUAUCAAGCCUGACACGAUCCAACUACCGAAUCCGCAAAAUACGCAUAUCUCUUCCCAUCGGAAAAGCCCAUCCCUCGACCUUAUCGGCACCACCACCGAAGACGAACUCCUCCCUUCACCACCCAACCCAACAACUCCAUCCUUGAACUGUGCCCACGAGCCAGUCACCCCACGAACUGCUGUCCCCUUCACCACCUACCGAACACCCAAAGUCCGCAAUGAUGACGGCAGUAGCGACAAAGGCAGCAAAUCCACAUCGAAAGCCGAUCGGAAAGCAUUCCACAAACGGAUAAAGAGGGAGUGGACAAGGAAGGGUACACCAGCGAAGGACAGUGCGGCGAAGAGAAGAUGUCUAGGGGGUUUGGAAGUGAGGAAACGGAGGUGGGUGGAUGUCGAUGGGGAGGGGAGUGAAGAUGAACUCGCUAAGUUUUGA